AUGGCGCAGAACCCACAAGGCUCCAAGCCGAAAUGGAAAGUCGGCUCGUUUCUACAACAGGCCGUGGCUGGGGUAGAAUCCAAAUUGGAUCUGAUACUGUCUGAAGAGGAGGAACAGAAGCAGAUACAGCAGAUGCAAUCUAAGAACGCUGCUGCGCAGGUCCAGGGACAACAGAAUGGAGGGGUCUCACGAAGCUCAUCCAGCGCGCGCAAAAACGACCGUCUCCAGGAACGCCUUGCUCGUGCUAUGGUCAACAAAUCGAAUACGCCCGGGAACCGCACCUCUCAGUCUUCCGCCAGCGCAGCCUCGUCCCCAGCCGCCAGUCCAAGACCAAGUACCGAUGUGCGUCCAAGCGUGGAUAUUGAUUCUGGCCGCGCUUCCCCGGCGGUAGAUGUGGAUGAACAACCCAAGAGCUCUACUCAGGCAGAGGCCUCAUCGACUGUACCAAAACCGGGUAGAAGCAGCGAAGAGUCCGCUAUGUCGUCGCAAGAUGCGAAAGAGGUCGCCUCAGCUGCGGAUAAGCCUGCAAUUGAAGAGUCGACAGAUACCAGACCGUCAAUCGAUGAUGCUACUAAGCGGGAAAGCGACGAGCCUCAGAGUGCCCGUGCGUCCAAGGAAACAGCACGAAGCGCUACAGAAAGCUCUCUGGAGAUACCAACGCAAGGAUGCAGUGGUGACGAAACUACAAUCGCACAAUUGCAGGCCGAGCACAAGGCCGCCGAAUCUCAAUGGCAGGAGGAGACGCAUGGAUAUAUCGAACGGAUAGACGCAUUGCAAUCCAAGCUCAAAUAUCUGGCAAAUGAUGCUGCAGAGUCUGCCAAACAGGCAGCGGCAUCCGCUGAAUCUGGAAGCGUUGAAAAACAGCUUCGAGAGAAAGAUGAGAAGAUUGCGCUGUUGCUUGAAGAAGGACAGAAGCUUUCAAAGUCGGAAAUGGAUCAUAGAACCGCGCUCAAGAAGCUUCGGCUACAGCUUAUCGAGAACUCGAAGAGCCAAAUGGAGGCAAAGAAGAAGACAGAAAAGCUGGAAACAGAUCUGUCCAAUGCUGAGGCUAGGGCCCAGCGUGCCGAGGCGGCCGAGAAGAGGGCCAACGACUCACUGGCCUCUCAUACCAAAGCAUCUCGGGAUCUGGAGGCUGUCAAGUCCGAACGGAAUGCAUUGAACGAGACCAUUCAAGAAAUGAAGGGACAGCUUGCGCGAGCUGUUGCCCGCGCCGAGACUGCUGAAUCCAAGGCUCAGUCAGACGCUCUUGAGCAGGAGAAACGACGAACAAGUCAGCUGGAGGAGGAGCUCACGAACGCCAAGACCGAGCACGACCUGAAUGAAGAGAAGUUAAAUAGAGAGAUCAAUGAUCUCAAGGAGAAGGUCGACCAAGAGAAAGGAAGGGCCAGGAUGCUUGAAACCGAGCUGAAGGGCGAACAGUCGGUUCUGGAAAGCAAGAUGGAGAGCCUUCGCACCAAGGCGGAAGAAGCUUCGUCUGGAGCUGCAGGGGAAUCCCAGGCCAAGUUAUUACGGCAAAUCGAAACCUUGCAGACGCAGUAUGCUGUCGCCAGUGAGAACUGGCAGACACUUGAGGGUUCACUACUGUCGAGGUUAGCGAAUCUGGAGAGAGAGCGGGAUGAUGUCGCGCAGCGAGAGGGAGAGCUGCGAAGAAAGGUCCGGGAAGUGAAUCUCAAAGCCAAGAAGGCAGAUGAGGAGCUCGAGAAUGCCAAAGAAGCAGCGCACGACCUGGAUAACCAGCUCGAAGAACGCACCCUAGAAAUGCAAAAGCUGGAACAAAAGCUCCAGAAAGCCUCCGACAGCCUUACCGCAGCACAGAAGGACUUCACCGACCAAAAGAAAGCAUACGAAGCUACAUGGACACAGAAACUCGAAGACGAGCGCGCAAGAUGGCGCGAGCAAAUCAUCCCCCCUGCACCAGCCUUCCAGUCUCCUCGAAACGAAUCCCCCGUGACAUUUAACCGCAAAGCAGUGACCCUCGAUCCCCCGGGAUCCUUCUCCGACUCCCGACCUACCAGCCGCCGCUCCUCCGUGAUGCCCAUCACAUCACCAGACAUUGGCACUCCACCACGACAGAACUCGUUCCCCGCCUCGACACAAGGCCUCUUCUCUCCGCCGGUUGCAGGCAGUCUGUACAACCAACCUAUCACAGAAAUGCCAUCUAUCAACUUAGAUCCGGACGAGAUGAGCGGCUUCGGUACGCCGUCUGCCUACGGGGCCCAGUCCCGCGGUAUCAACGACAUCAUCUCCGAAUCGACCGUCGGAGCCGGCCCAUCCGUCCAAUUAGUGGAACGCAUGAGUGCCGCUGUUCGUCGGCUGGAAAGCGAGCGCGCCGCAUCAAAAGACGAACUCGCCCGGAUCACCUCUCAGCGCGACGAGGCCCGGAAGCAAGUUGUUGAUUUGAUGCGGGAGACUGAUCAGAAGAAAGAGACUGACGCUCGUAUUCAAGACUUACAAACGCAAAUGGAGGAGUUGGACCAGCGGUAUCUGACUACGCUGGAGAUGCUGGGGGAGAAGAGUGAGCAGGUGGAAGAGUUGCAGGCUGAUAUUACUGAUCUUAAGAAGAUAUAUCGGGAGUUGGUUGAUAGUACGAUGAAGUGA